AUGGCCGUGCCGCCGGUCCCGGUGCUCCUCGUCCUCCUCCUGCUCCUCCCGGUGAUGGCGGCGGGAGGCGGCGCGGCACCCGCCUGGGACGAGGCCGGGUACCUGCUCUACUGUCCCUGCAUGGGCCGCUUCGGUAACCAAGCCGAGCAUUUCCUGGGAGCCCUGGCCUUCGCCCGCGCCCUCAACCGGACCCUGGCCGUGCCGCCCUGGAUCGAGUACCGGCACCACCGCCCGCCCUACACCAACCUGCACGUCCCCUACUCGGAGCACUUCAGGCUGGAGCCGCUGCGGCGGUACCACCGCGUGAUCAGCCUGGAGCAAUUCAUGGAGCAUCUGGCGCCCCGGCACUGGCCGCCCGGCAGGAGAGUGGCUUAUUGCUUCGAGGCUGCUGCCCAGAGAAGCGCGGACAAAAGCACGUGUCCCAUGAAGGAUGGAAAUCCAUUUGGUCCCUUCUGGGAUCAGUUCCAAGUGGAUUUUGAUAAGUCUGAGCUCUUCAAGGGAAUUUCCUUCAGUCCUGCAUACAAGGACCAUUGGAUCCAAAGGUUUCCACCCUCUGAGCACCCUGUUCUCGCCUUACCUGGAGCUCCAGCCCAGUUUCCUGUCCUGGAGGAGCACCGGCCCCUGCAGAAGUACAUGGAGUGGUCGGAUACGAUGGUGAAGAAGGGAGAAGCCUAUAUCCAGUCUCUGCUGGUCCGGCCCUACGUCGGCAUUCACCUGAGGAUCGGCUCGGACUGGAAAAAUGCCUGCAACAUGUUAAAGGAUGGGACAGCCGGGCCCCACUUCAUGGCUUCACCACAGUGUGUGGGCUAUGACCGGAGUGCUGCGGUGCCUCUCACCAUGGACAUGUGCCUGCCAGACCUCAGAGAGAUCAAACGGGCUCUCAAGCUCUGGGUGGCAAAGAUUGAAGCUAAAUCUGUUUAUAUUGCUACGGAUUCCGAGCCCUACACAACGGAAAUACGGCAGUUCUUCCAGGAAAAGCUCAAGGUUGUCAGCUUGCAGCCAGAAGUGCCUCAGAUUGAUCUGUACAUCCUUGGCCAGUCCGACCACUUCAUCGGGAACUGUGUCUCUUCCUUCACUGCCUUUGUGAAAAGAGAGCGCGACAUCCAUGGGAAACCCUCCUCAUUUUUUGGCAUGGAUCACCCACCGAGGCUGCGGGAUGAGUUCUGACCAAAGGAGGAAGAGGCUCUGUGGUUCCAGGGCUCUGAGCUGGGUCCUUGGUGCUGCAGCAUUCCCUGUGAGCAGUCAUUGCUGGGCUGUGGGAGAGCUCCUGCCCUCCAGCGCUCCUCACAGUCUCUUCCAGACUGUUCUGUCUGAUCUCUCCUGUGUUUCCAGUGUGAGCUCUGAUGGAAAUUUAAAUCAUGUAGUUGAUGGGAAACUAUAAACUGUAUAUAGUUUUUUAAAAUGUAGCUUUUAUAGCUCUCCAUUCUCACUAGUUGGGAUUCACCAGCAAUUGUGAUGAAGCAGCUGCUCAGAUUUCCUCCUCUUUUCUUUCUCCGUUAAUUUUUAACUCUCA